AUGUCGGGGGCGAGUUCCUCUGGGAUGUCGCCGCGCUUGCGGAAGCGGCCUAGCGGCUUGCUGGAGGUGUCUACGUGCGCCUCUGGUGCGAGCUUUGUCUCAGAAACGGGACUGGUCGAGCUGGAGGAGUCGAUCGCGGAGCUGCGUCGCCAGCCGUCGGCGGACUCGUUCAGCCGCAUCGUCAACGAGAUCAGCACGCACCGCCGGCUGCAGACGGGUCCGCGCCACAGGCGCAGUUUCCAGAGCUUUGCAAGCAGCGAGGAUGGACGCAGCUCUCAUAGUCGGCUCAGCAGCGUCGACGAAGACGCGUCUGUGUCGGGUGUAUUGGUACGGCCCUGUUGCUGCCAGCAGCCAGACUGUGAGGUCGCGCGGCGUGUGAUGCAGCACAUGCAGGACAUGGAGAUGGAUCUGCAGCUCAGCGCAGAGAUUGGCCAGGCACUUUUGCAGCGCCAGGACGCGAUUGUGCAUCGCUCGCAGCAAGAGUCGGAGGACCAUGCGCUGCAACGGGACCAGCUGCUCGCCCGGCUCACCCAGAGUAUCAAGGAGACGCAGUCGCUCCAACGCCAGCUGUGCCAGGCGCAGUUCAAUCUCGAGGCGGCGGACCAGAGCCACCACGCACUGCUCUCUGAGCUCGAAGAUGCGCGGCAGCAGAUGAAGCAUAUGAAGAAGCACCGUACCAAAGCAUCUAGCCUCGAGGCCAAGCUGGAACGUGCCGAGAUGGACUUGGAGGAUACACGGGCGGAGCUACGUGCAGAGCAGCGGCGUACGGCCGCUGCUUCAACGCAGAACCAGCAGCUGGUAGCGCGCCGGUGCAUGGAGCUGAGCGAUCUGCUGCAAGAGAGCCUACGCGAGGAGGCGUCGAGCACGAAAGAUGCCUAUGCCAAGGCAUGGGAUGCCGUGCGUGCGCGCCUGGAUGCGGCGCGUGCGUCGUGCGACGGUGAAGCUGAGCAGGACGACGACCUAGAGGCUAUUUUGCAGGAGCGCGAUGCACUCCAAAAAGAAAAUGCACAGUUGCAGCAGCUCUUGCGAGGCGCACAAGACGACAUCCUGCAUCUGCGUGAGGCGACGGAGGCGCCAUCAUGCGAGUCGAUGCAAGGCGCGGUGCUCAGUGCUGACCUCCAUGGCGUGUCAGACACGUCGCGUACGGAAACCACAACCGACGGAACGCGCGGCAGCAAUAGCACAGCGAUCACGACGCCCUCGACGUCGCGCCUGUGCCUGGAUGAGGACAGUGCCUCAUACGACACGGGCUCGCUGCGGGGGAUGGACUUUGAGCUCACCCUAGAGCACCGCACCGGCUUGCUCGGCGCACUCAUUGAGGCCAUGCACCGCACCUAUACCAAACUGCAGCAAGCCGAUGUUGACACGCUAUCUGCGCGUCUCCAGCGCCAGAAACUUGCGGGUGAUGUUGGCCACCUCUCGCGCACGACUGUCCAAGCCAGUGUACGCGACGUUGAGGGUCUGAAGGAGCAUUUCCGCCAAAUGGUCGAAAAAGAGGCGCGUCGUGGCGUGCACCUGGACGGUAGCCUUGUGACGCGCCGCGACUUUUUCGCACUCGUGAAGCUGCAGCGCGAGUCGCUGCUGGAACUAGCGCGCUUGCGUCGGUGCGUGAAUGAGAUUCAGUUGCAACCGCAGGCGGCUGCCAAGCUGCUGCAUGAGCACCUUGGCGCGCAGACGUACAAUACUGGGCGCAGUUGGAUCUCACGUAUGCUAACAGGCGUACUCUCGACCGAGUCGGCUGCCACGCCGGCUGAGCCUGGUGCAGCGUCCUUGCCGAGUGCGACCGACUCUGGUUUCGUACGCGUGGGUCCCACUGACGUGGCAGCGCCGGCCGCUACCGUGCCAAUGGCCAUGCCGCGACGCAAUGCAGCGCCGCCGUCCCGGCUACUGCCACGCUCCGGCACAGCGGCGCUGUCCACAUCGGUGGCCGUGCAUGCCCAUGGCAUGCAUGGAGCCGGAAAGCCAGGCAUCCUGAAGACGAAGGCGUCGCAGCCAAGCCUGGCUGAUGUGGGCCAGCGGGCGCCACGGCGGCCGCUGGCGAACAUUACCAAUGCGGCGCCACCGACGCGGCCGUGGGAGGAGCCACUCAAACGAUCGCGGGCACGUGGUCUGAGUGACAGCUCGAUCCACAGCACCUUCCUCGAGCAUGGCGCGCCAGCGCACGAUCCGCCGGUAGAUCGCGUCAUUACUACGGCCACGCUGACGCUCUCAGGUCACGAUGCCUGA